GGGCGUUAUCAAUUAAUCAUUCGCACCCGCUACAUAGUCAAAAGUAUUCAGCUAAUCCGUAAUAUUUCAACACAUGUUCCCUUUGGUAAAAUACAAGAGCUCCAUUUAAAUGUUAAGAGCUAAACCUUAGAACUCCCACUACAGAUCUGGCCCUUGGAAGUUCGACCUGCUCUACUGACCCAGCUACAUUUCGAUUCAGUGUUACUUCUCUAUACAUUUUUGGCCGAAACACAUGGGAUAUCGAAGAAGGCGUGCGUCCCUGCACGGAUUUCUUGUGCUAUCUGCAGUUUUUACCGGUUGCGGCCUCCUAUUGCUCACUCUGAGGUCCGACGUCGAUCCUUCUUUCAGGCCUAGGUUACCGGUAAAUUACGGCAAACAAGAACCCUUAGUUGUCGACGUAUUUUCCGAUAUGAAUGCAAGUUAUCAGAGCGGGUUUAGGUCUGAUGUGCCAGCUGAGAGGAAUCGAAUCUGCGCCACAGUUGAAGAAAUGGGGGAGACUUUCGCCGGAGGGUUUGGUGAAGAGAGCCUCCGUGUAAGAAGGAUCAUUCAAGAUCAUUUUGCACUCCACGGAGCUUCAAGAAUUCGAGAGUUACCUCCAGAGCAGUUCUGCAGACAGGGAUUUGUCCUAGGGAAAGCAUCAGAAGCAGGCUUUGGCAAUGAAAUGUACAAGAUUUUAACUGCUGCAGCCUUGAGCAUUAUGUUAAAUCGGUCCCUGAUCAUCGGGCAAACCAGGGACCAAUUUCCUUUUGGUGAUUAUAUUUCUUAUACCAACUUUGCAUUUACUUUGAAAGAGGUGAAGCAUCUGUGGAGAAGGAAUGAUUGUGGGGGAAAGUAUGGAAGGCAUUUGAUAGUGAGAACUGAUAAUUUUGAGAAGCCAUCAGAAACAAAUGUCCUUUGUAGCAAUUGGAUAGAAUGGAAACAACCCAUCAUAUGGUUCCAAGGUACAACAGAUGCAGUGGCAAUUCAAUUUUUCUUGAAGAACAUACACCCUAAGAUGAGGAAUGCAGCUUCUGAUUUAUUUGGACAGAGUGGAACUUCUCAGUCUAGGUCAAAUGUUUUUGGGGAGCUGAUGAGAGUUAUCAUAUCUCCCUCAGAAGAUGUUGAAGAAGCUGUGGACUGGGUUCUAAAUGGUGGUGUGGACCCUGAUGUGACAUUGCACAUGCGCAUGCUUAUGAACAGGUCUGUAAGAGCAGUACGGGCAGCAUUGAAUUGCAUAAGAAAAUCCCUGAUCAACUAUCAGAUUCAGACGAGGAGGCCUAGAAUUGUUUUGGUUUCAGAUACACCUUCUCUUAUUAAAGAUAUUACACCUAACCUGGAGGAAUUUGCAGAGGUUCUUCAUUUUAAUUAUGAGUCAUUCAGAGGGAGUAUUUCUAGUGCAAGAGGAAAUGAAAUUCAGCAAUUAGAUUUUAGAGUAAAGGAUUGGGGCCCUGCACCAAGGUGGGUUGCAUUUGUUGAUUUCUUUCUUGCAUCGCGAGCAAAGCAUGCUGUUGUUUCAGGGGCCCAUAGGCGUGUUGGGACAACCUAUGCACAGCUAAUUGCAGCAUUGGCAGCAGCACAUCAACUUGGUGACAAUUCUUCUGCAGAUUCAAGUUUUUCCUUCUUAAGUAGCUUCCAAAGCAAUUUGUUGUCAGAAGGCUUGCACAACCAGGUAGGGUGGGGACAUGUCUGGAACAGAUUUGCAGGUCCAUUGAGUUGUCAUAGUCAGUCCAGCCAAUGUGCUCUCACGCCACUUCUACCGCCUGCCUGGUGGGAUGGGAUUUGGCAGUCGCCUAUUCCACGGGAUGUUCACAAGAUGGAGGCAUAUGGGAUCCAACUAACAGGUUUUGGCCGAGUCAAUGAAAGCCAUCUCCUUUCUUUCUGUAAAUUGAGAAAAACAAAAGUGAAAACAAUUCCAGUCUUUCAGUAGCAUAACUAAUGAGAAGUGUACAUGAUUCAUUGGUUCAUUUUGUUGUAAAGUUACUCUUAAAUAUCAAUUUUUUGUUUUUUUUUGUUUUUUUAUUUAUAAGUUAAACCAUUCUCUUUC